AGAAUUGUUUGCUGCGCAGUAGCACCGAAGAGACGGAGACCGGCACGCGCGACGCGGCAUUUUUAGACGUAUAGGAUCUAGAAAUUUCCGUUUGAACGGGACAAUAAUCAGCGAGACACUGAAGCCUUUUAUCUCCUUUAAAGCCGACUAACUCCCAGACAUCUUUACUCUCCAGGAGGAACAAGACUCUGCAGCCAUGUCAGUCAACGUCCACAUCAACAGUCCCAAUGUGAGGUACACAGAGAGUCAUAUAGUGUCCCAGUACUCCUACCAGACCACAUCAGUCCACACCGAGGGCAACAAAGUCACUGUGACCCCCCGGACCACAGAGAUGACGUUUCGUACAGAGAGACGCGUGCCCCGCCUCGGUGUGAUGCUGGUGGGCUGGGGAGGAAACAACGGGACCACCGUCACAGCUGCUGUUCAGGCCAACAGGCUGGGACUCACCUGGAGGACCAAGACUGGGAUGAAGAAAGCGAACUACUUCGGCUCCCUGCUGCAGGCGUCCACAGUGUGUCUGGGCUCGGGGCUGGACGGGGACGUCAACCUGCCCAUGAGGGACCUCCUCCCCAUGGUGCACCCCAACGACAUCGUCUUCGACGGCUGGGACAUCUCCUCCAUGGACCUGGGCAGUGCGAUGGAGAGAGCUCAGGUGUUUGACUGGUCCUUACAGGAGCAGCUUCGGCCCUACAUGAGCCGCAUGAAGCCCCGACCCUCCAUCUAUAUCCCAGGAUUCAUUGCUGCAAACCAAGAGAGCCGCGCUGACAACGUCCUCACUGGGAGCAUGGCGGAGCAGAUGGAGCAGAUCAGAGCCGACAUCAGGGACUUCCGUCAGUCGAGCGGUGUCGAUAAAAUCAUCGUUCUGUGGACGGCCAACACCGAGAGGUUCUGUGACAUCAUCCCCGGGGUCAACGACAGCGCCAAGAACCUGCUCGCUGCCAUCCAGAGUGGAGGAGAGGUUUCCCCCUCCACCCUGUUCUCCGUGGCCAGUAUCCUGGAGGGCUGCGCCUUCAUCAACGGAUCCCCCCAGAACACGUUUGUCCCCGGCGCCGUGGAGCUGGCCGUCACCAGAGGCGUCUUCAUCGGAGGAGACGACUUCAAGUCCGGUCAGACUAAGAUCAAGUCGGUGCUGGUGGACUUCCUGGUCAGCUCAGGGAUCAAGCCGACCGCAAUCGUGAGCUACAAUCACCUGGGCAACAACGACGGGAAGAACCUGUCGGCUCCGCAGCAGUUUCGCUCCAAAGAGAUCUCCAAGAGCAACGUGGUGGACGACAUGGUCCAGUCCAACCCGGUCCUGUACCAGCCCGGAGAGAAACCAGACCACUGUGUGGUGAUUAAAUACGUCCCCUAUGUGGGAGACAGCAAGCGUGCCAUGGAUGAAUACACCUCUGAGAUCAUGAUGGGAGGAACCAACACCAUCGCGCUGCACAACACCUGUGAGGACUCUCUGCUGGCCAGUCCCAUCAUCCUGGACCUGGUGGUGCUGACGGAGCUCUGUCAGCGGGUGGCGGUGCGUCCUCAGGGGGACCAGGACUUCCAGUCCUUCCACAGCGUCCUGGCGCUGCUGUCCUUCCUCUGUAAGGCCCCCCUGGUCCCCUCAGGGACCCCCGUGGUCAACGCCUUCUUCAGCCAGAGGGCCAGCAUAGAGAACAUCAUGAGAGCGUGCCUGGGUCUUCCUCCUCAGAACCACAUGCUGCUGGAGCACAAGCUGCAGAGAGACUUCCUGCCGCCUCACACGGCAACAUACAUGAACGGCAACGUGGCAACUUUGAAAAAAGUAACAAACGGGAACCACGUUCCUCUAACGAACGGCAUCCACGCACACGGCGACGACGCAGUAUGACACUACAAUAAAACACUACAGCCCAACAUUAAUACUUCAUAAUACAGUUUAACUUGAGACAGAACCUGGUGGGAACAGAACAAAGACCCUCAUUGAGCUAUAAAACAACAGCACUGGUUGGAAACUUUGAAGAGUAAACUUGACUUUUAUGUGAGAUGCAUUUAAAAAUUGUAGGUAUUCAGCAAAUCUUGGCCUAUUAACCAA